UGCACUGGAAAGAGGAAGAGAGAAGGGGAUAGAGCAAAAAGCUGUUUUCAGUUGGAAAGGCGUUUAGGAAGAAGCAAUAUGUCUCUGAACUAUGCUGAUAGUGUCCUGUUUUUGAAGGAUUAACUUAAGAAGAAACUAUUGUUAGAAACCAGUGACCACACGAUACAGAAAAGAACAAACUGCUUUCUUAACCAAAUGUCUGAAAUAGUUUCUGGUGCAUGCUAGCUGAGAGUUUCUAAUUUUAUACAUCGCUGCAGCUAAACUGAACACACAGCUACAAUCUGGUGUGAUGAUGCUCUGGCUGCUUCUACUUGCCUGCUUUACAUCCCAUGCUGCCAAUCAACUCCCGACAAACCAGAAGUCAUCCAUUACAUUUGAUCCUUCCCAGCUAAUUUGUAGUGCACCAGGACCUCCAGGGGCACCGGGGCCUCCAGGUUAUCCUGGAUCUGCAGGUCCUAUUGGAAGAAUGGGAUUGCCUGGAAAAGAUGGUGUGGAUGGGAAAGAUGGUCAGAAGGGAUACAAAGGAGAAGAAGGUGACAGAGGAAAUCAAGGAAGAAGCGGAAAGUCUGGCACGAAGGGGAUACGGGGAGCUAUUGGCAAACUAGGCCCCCGAGGACCAAGGGGCAAUAAAGGCGCUCUAGGUAGUGCGGGAAUACAUGGACCAAAAGGUACCGAUGGAAACAAUGGAGCACCUGGUUUGCCUGGAAUCUGCAAAUGUGGCAUUAACACAGCAAGAUCUGCCUUCUCCGUAGCCAUCACUUACAGCUUUCCCAAGGAACGCAUGCCUAUCAAAUUUGAUAAAGUUCUUUUAAACGAAGGAGGACACUACAAUGUUUCCAGUGGCAAAUUUAUAUGUGGUAUACCUGGCAUUUAUUAUUUUUCCUAUGAUAUCACCUUGGCAAAUAAGCAUCUUGCUAUUGGGCUGGUGCACAAUGGCCAAUAUCGUAUAAAGACGUUUGAUGCUAACACCGGCAACUAUGAUGUGGCUUCUGGUUCAACUAUCAUGUACCUAAAACGGAAGGAUGAAGUUUGGCUGCAGAUAUUCUAUUCUGACCAGAAUGGCUUAUUCUACGACGCUCACUGGGCAGAUAGUUUAUUCACCGGGUUUAUGAUUUAUGUUGAUCAGGACUAUCUUAAUGAAAUUGAAGAAGAACAAAUCUUCUAGAAAGCACGCACUUUGUUCCAUGAACAUUAGAUGUUGAAAGAUACUACAAUAGACUUAGUUCAACACCUUUCUAAAUAUCCUGUUCUGGAUUUUACUCUAAGUGAUAUGUUCAUAGUCUAAUAAAGUAACACCUCUAUUAAAAUGGA